CACACACAUGCCCAGUCCAGUCCAGUCUAGUCUAGGUCACUACGGCUUUCCAUCGACACAAUAUCAAGAGGAGCUCUAGGUCCGGCCAUGGCAGCGGCAUUAGUGGAGAGGUGGGCGGGGCUCGGAUCGGCGGUGGCGACCGUCAUCUUCCUCUGGUCCGUGGUGCAGAACUACGUGCCCCCCACCUUCCGCCUCUACCUCACCACCUGGGCCACCAAGCUCGCAGCCUGCUUCAACCCCUACCUCCAAAUCACCAUCUCCGAGUAUGGCGCCGAGCGUUUCCAGCGCAGCGACUUCUUCCUCGCCGUCGAGGCCUACCUCAGCGAUGCGUGCGCCCGCCGCGCGCGCAAGCUCAAGGCCGAGCUCGGCAAGGACAGCAAGAACCUCCUGGUCUCCGUGGACGACCAUGAAGAGGUCACUGACGACUUCUCUGGGAUCACCAUCUGGUGGUACGCCUCCAAGAGGCAGUCCAAGGCCAACGUCAUCAGCUUAUACCCCGGCGGGGACGAGAAGCGCUUCUACCGGGUCGUCUUCCAUCGGCAGCAUCGCGACCUUGUCGUUGACUCCUACCUUCCUUUCAUCCUCGGCGAGGGCCGCGCUGUCACUGUCAAGAACCGCCAACGCCGCCUCUUCACCAACAAUGCUAGCGGCAGCUGGAACCCCUACCGGGGCAAAAGCGUCUGGAGCCACGUCCCCUUCGAGCACCCCGCCACCUUUGACACGCUCGCCAUGCACCCCGAUGAGAAGGAAGCCGUCAUCGACGACCUCAUGGCGUUCCAGGAGAGCAAGGAAUACUAUGCCAAGGUCGGCAAGGCAUGGAAGCGUGGGUACCUCCUUUACGGACCGCCCGGCACCGGCAAGUCCACCAUGAUCGCAGCCAUGGCGAACUUCCUCGACUACGACGUCUACGACCUUGAGCUCACGGCGGUCAAGAACAACACCGAGUUACGGAAGCUCUUCAUCGAGACAACGGGCAAGUCCAUCAUGGUCAUAGAGGACAUCGACUGCUCCGUCGACUUCACAGGAAAACGCCGCAAGGACAAGAAGGCCUCAAGCGACAAGGACUCCGACAACGAUGACAAGCCGAAGCUACCGAUAGAGCCAGAGAAGGACGAUGCCACCAAGGUGACGCUCUCGGGCCUGCUUAACUUCAUCGACGGGCUGUGGUCUGCUUGCGGAGGUGAGCGGAUCAUCAUCUUCACCACCAACCACAAGGAGAAGCUGGACCCGGCGCUGAUCCGGCGGGGUAGGAUGGACAAGCACAUCGAGAUGUCCUACUGCCGCUUUGAGGGCUUCAAGGUGCUCGCCAAGAACUACCUAGAUGUCAUUGAGCAUGAGCUGUUUGGGGAAGUUCAGCGCCUGCUUGAGGAGACCGACAUGUCGCCCGCUGACGUUGCAGAGAACCUGAUGCCCAUGUCGAAGAAGAAAAAGAGGGACCCGGAUGUGUGCUUGAUAGGCCUAAUCGAGGCGCUCAAGCAGGCCAAGGAGGAAGCGGCGGCGGUCAAGGUGAAGGAGGCAGAGGAGGCUCAAGCGAAGAAAGCCAAGGAGACAGAGGAGACAGAGGUGAAGAAAGGCAAGGAGGAAGACAAAGAGAAGGACAAAGCACCCGAGGCAGCCAAUGGGGAUAUUAAGCAAGGUGACAAGUGAAGUGACAUCACGCCAGGAAGCCAAGGAAAAAGAAUGAGCUUGUUCACUAGUGCUCCCUUACAAAACAAAAAUGCAGUGUUUGGUUUGAGAAAAAUAAUGCACCUUUCAAGUGAAACAAUAUUUCUUUCUUCUCACACUUGUAAUGCUGCUGCAUAUAAAGUAUGCAACAAUACAAAAAGCUACUGCAACAAGGAUCACA